ACCUUUUCCCUCUUCCAGAUCUCUAUCUCUCUUCCUCUUCUUUACCUCAAUCUCCUUUCUGUUUUUUCUUCCACACUCACUGUAUAAGUAUGCUCAUUUCUUCUUCUCACAUGUACAGGCUUUGAAGCACCAUUUCCUUCCUUUGUGUUCAACUCAUCUGUUCAGAAAAAUCUGAGACACCCAGAAGGGAAAAUAUUGAGAUUUGAGGGAGGAGCAUAUGGGGUUUUCUGGGUUCAGUGCAAGCCUUUGUGUUGUGGGUCUUAUCUUAGUUCUUUCAGGUGGUGGUUGUGAAGGAAAGGCAAACGACAACCUGAGAUUCAUUACUUGGAGUGAUUUCACAGUGCGGAGGGCUAGACCCUUGUUGACUGUGAAAUGUCGGAAUAAUACAACCAAAGUUAUCGUUGUGGACAAGAAUGGAGGGGGUGAUUCAGACACAGUUCAAGGUGCAGUCGAUAUGGUUCCCGUGCAAAACAAACAGAGAGUGAAGAUUCAGAUUCGUCCUGGAAUUUACAGAGAAAAGGUGUAUGUACCUGCAUCCAAGCCAUACAUUUCAUUCAUUGGGAGCCAAAUUCGGUCUGAUGAUGUGGUGAUUACUUGGCACGACAAAGCAUCAGAUUUGGACUCCAAUGGGUUUCGAUUGGGAACAGUCAGAACAGCUUCUGUGACUAUAGAAUCUGAUUAUUUCUGUGCAGCAGGGAUCACCAUUGAGAAUUCAGUGGUUGCAAGGCCUGGAGUGCCUGGAAUGCAAGCAGUGGCACUCAAUAUAAACGGUGAUAAAGCCAUGUUCUACAAUGUCAGGCUCUUGGGAGCACAGGACACCCUCAUGGAUCUGUCUGGAACACACUACUUUAACCAGUGUUACAUCCAAGGAAGCAUUGACUUUAUCUUUGGUGGGGCAAGAUCAAUCUAUCAGGGAUGUGUCAUUGAAUCAAUAGCGACAACUUCAGGAGCAAUUGCAGCUCAUCGCAUGAAAUCACCUGACGAUGGCACAGGAUUCUCCUUUGUAAACUGCACAAUCAUUGGAACUGGAAAAAUCUACCUGGGAAGAGCUUGGGGUAAAUAUUCAACAGCAGUUUACUCAAACAGCAGGAUCGCUGAUAUGAUAACUCCUAGCGGAUGGAGUGACUGGAACAAGCCAGAGAGGAGAAGGACUGCAAUGUUUGCAGAAUUCAACAACACGGGCAAGGGAGCAGAUAGAAGUGGAAGGGUUAAAUGGUCCAAGUCUCUCAGCCUGGAGGAAGCCAUGCCUUUUGCGGAUUUGAACUUCAUAGCAGCAGAAAAAUGGCUUAGACUAUAGAGAUCUUGUCUCUAAAACUCCGUCUAUUCCCCUAUUCUUUCAAUUUUUUUCUUUUCCAUUAUACACAAGGGGCAAUUCAUACCGUCUUACCGGCAAAAACAUGCUUUGUUCAAGGGAGUAUUGGUGUGGCUCCUAUAGGAAUUAAUAUGUUCAAACUGAGCCUAAUGGCUCUAUAGUGAAAUACGAAAGAGAGAAA